AUACAGCAAACAUUAAACUAACUCCAGGAACCACAAGAUAAAUUAUUCAGGCGGAAGCACCAAUAUGGCAGGCAGUUUGCAGGCAUUGGAUCAGAACACAACCUGGUACUCCACCUUCUACAAAUCAAUUAGGGAGGCGCCCAUCAAUGUUACCCUCGUGAUUGUGUCGACCAUCGUAUUCUACAAGGUUGUGAGACUUACUAGCUGUCUUCAUCAACAUCGUAAGGAUCUAGAACCCAAGAAAUCAGUUCCAAUCUAUAUGGGCAAGGACAGUGGCCAAGAGAACAAAAAAGCAAAGCUUUCACCUCUUCGGGCGGACUUUACGCUAUCCGAACUUCGCGAGUACGAUGGCAACCGGAAGGACGGACGCAUCCUGGUGGCCAUCAACUUUAAUAUAUAUGAUGUGUCACAAUCCGUUCACUAUUACGGACGAGAGGGUGUUUAUCCAAAUUAUGCCGGACGGGAUAUUUCCCGGAACUUGAUCAAUUUUUCAGUAGACUUAAUCGAAAGAAAGGAAUUUGAUGAUUUAAGUGACCUCUCAAUCAGACAAAUGAACACAUUGAGGGAGUGGGACCUGCAGUACAAAGAGAAAUACCCAUUUGUUGGAAAACUUUUGCGCCCUGGCGAACCACAUGCCUAUUACGAUGAUGAGGAGGAAUUGGAUUUGCAUACCGAAGUUCAACAAAUGGAAUAAAGUUUGAAAAGCGGAAAAUUAUUUGCGAGCCUUUGAAUAAUAUGUGACCAAUAGAACAUCUUUUAUUUAAUGUAUCUUAGGUUAUAAAUUAUAAGUACAAAACAAUGCUAAAGAUAAUUAUUCAAGUUUGUAUUACAAUUUUAUAUUAAAGUGAUCAAUUGAAUGCAAUGCUAA